UGAACACGCUGUUCCUGGAAGCCAAGUGCAACAUGAUCUGGGACAAGCAGCUCCUGGAGAAGCGCACGAUCCGCAAGGAACUGGCGGACGAGGAGAAGCGGCUGGACAAGAUGAUGCUGCUGGAGUGGGAGAAGGGCAGCGAGGUGCAGGAGGAGCUGGAGUGCCAAAGGAAGCGGGAGCUGCUGAGAGCCAGGCACGACAUCGCCAAACAGAUGGAGCAGAACGCGGAGGAGCGAGCGCUGAGGGAGGAGGAGCUGUACCAGGAGGGCCAGAGGCACCUGGAGCGGCUGGAGCAGAUGAAGAGGGAGGAUCGCGAGGCCUGGCAGCAGAAACAGGAGCGCCGAAAGCAAAUCCAUGCCGAGAUUAAACAAUUCAACGAGGAGAGCCAGAGGCUGCAGGAGGAGCAGCGGAAGCGGGAGAGGCUGGAGGAGGAGCGGGCGCUGGAGCAGCAGCGGCAGAAAGAUGAGCGCGAUGCUGCCUUGGAGGCGGAGAAGGAGCGGCUGCGGCUGGAGAAGGAGAAGGAGCUGGCCCGGCUCAGGGUGACGCAGGAGCGGGCCCAGGACUGGCUGGCAGAGCGGGAUGCUCUGAGGGCCAAGAGGAACCAAGAGGCCGCCGAGCGGGAAUGGCGGCGGCAGGAGCUGCAGAAGGCGCGGAAGAAGGCCGAGCUGGAGCAGCAGCUGAGGCAGGAGCGGCUGCAGCAGGUGGCCCAGAAGGAAGAGUACGUGGCCAUGCAGGUGGAGAGGGACCGCCAGGAGUUCCAGAGGGUGCUCAGGGCCCAGCAGGAGCAGCUGGAGCGGGAGAAUCUGCAGUGGGAGCAGCGGCAGCUCCGGCAGCGCGCUCACGCCCAAUACCUGCGGAGGCAGAUCAGGAUCCAGCAGCAGCGGCAGCGGCAGCGGGAGGCUCUGAUCGAGGAGGGCCGGCAGCAGCAGCAGGAGGCUCGGCAGCGCAGCCAGCGCCUCGCCCGCUUCGGGCAGCAGAAGCUGCAGGAGCUGAGAGCCAGCGGCAUGCCCGAGAAGUUCUGUGCCCAGGUGGAGCGCAAAGCCCAGAAGCGAGCCAAGGCAAUCCUCUCCUAGGCCCAGCCCCGCCAGCAACCAGCUCCAGUUCCCCACCCAUUCGGGGCUCCAUUUGCAUUGACAUUUUUCCAAUAA